AUGCAAACUUCAUGGUUUCUGUUGUUGCAGCAGGCUAUGACAACGCUUGGGUGCAUAAGUAAUCUUCUCUUCCAUCACAUUAUAAGUACGAAGAUAGUCCUCAUAUGUUUUAUGAAGCUACCUAUCGCUAAUACAUCGCGGUGGCCUUCACCUGGUUUCAAGAUCUUCUAUAGCACAACUCAGCAACAAUUAUACUUGAGAUCCGUUCGCUACUAG